UCACAAUCGCCGGAAUUGGCAUCUCAUUAGCAUGGCUAAUGGGGGGGAGGAAGCAUGGCCAGCCCAAUGUGCGGGUACCCACAAAAAACCCCCAGCGAGCGCCCCCAAUAAAUGCGCCUGCUCCACUUGCCAUGCCGUCACAGACAGAGCAAGCUGCCAUGGGAUCAAGUACUGCCCUGCUGCUCCUCCUAGCCACCACCUUUGCCUUGGCUAUUGCAGAUCCUGGAAAGAUUGUCAAUGGCACUGCCGCCUCGCCUGGUGAAUUCCCCUUUAUGGUCUCCCUGCGCCGUGCCAAAAGUGGCCAUCACUCCUGCGGCGCCACUUUGCUCAAUUCCCACUGGGUGCUGACCGCCGGCCAUUGUGUUCGUGGCUCCUCGCCGGAGCAGCUAAAUCUUCAGUAUGGCAGCCAAAUCUUGGAACGGAAUGCCACCCAAUUGCUACGCAUAGCAGGGAUCUUUCUGCAUCCCGGCUAUGAGCCGCAGGACAAGUAUGCCAACGACAUAGCCCUCCUGCAGCUGGAGGAUAGGGUGACCUUCGGGCCACAUGUCCAGCCAGUGCGUCUGCCCGAGCCAAGACAGACCACGCCCGGCAAUGUCAGCGUUAUCCUAGCGGGUUGGGGUUUAAAUAAGACCGGCGGCUCGGUGCAGGAGCAACUGCAAAAGGUCCAGCUGCAGGUGUUCAGCGACGAGGAGUGCAGCGAGCGGCAUCAGAUCCAGCUCCAUGACAGCCAGAUCUGUGCAGGUUUGCCCGAGGGCGGCAAGGGUCAGUGCAGCGGCGAUUCCGGUGGCCCCCUAAUCCUCACCAGCAGCAGCAGUGACUCCACUCAGAUUGGCAUUGUUUCGUGGAGCAAAAAGCCCUGCGCUCGCCCACCCUAUCCCGGCGUCUUUACAGAGGUCUCCGCCUAUGUGGACUGGAUUGUGGAGACGGUGGGCAGCUCCUCCCAACCCUCGCCGCUGUGGAUUGGCCAGCUCAUUGUGGGACGCUCGCCGCCGCCCAAACUAAACUGAUUCUAGAGGGGAUUCUUCGAAAUAAAAACUACCAAUGCAUGUAA